AUGCUUCGCUCUUCUUUCAACCUUGUGUCUCGAUCGCGCGUUCUUGUUCGCCCAUUCCCUGCUGCUCGUGCUACUGCACCUGCUGUUGGACGCUUUUAUACCACUGAGAAGCAAGAACCCAUCGCUACGCCUGGUUCCUCAUCGUCUGUCGAUCCCAAGAUUGCUGGCAUUGCUGAACAAAUCGAGAACUUGACCUUGAAGCAAGCAUCAGAGCUCGUCUCUCAACUCAAGGAUCGUCUCAAGAUUGAAGAUGUUGCUAUGCCUGCUAUGCCUAUGGGUGUGAUGCCUGGUGGUCAAGAAGGUGCUGCAGCUGCUGAAGAGGAAAAGCCUGCUGAAAAGACCGAGUUCAAUAUCAAGUUGGAGAAGGUGGAUGCUACUGCCAAGGCUAAGGUGAUUCGCGAGGUUAAGAAUUUGGCAGGUCUCAGUUUGGUCGAUGCCAAAAAGUUUGUCGAGAGUGUUCCCAAGGUGCUCAAGGAAUCGGUGCCAAAGGAAGAGGCUGAGAAGCUCAAGAAAGCCCUGGAGGCUGUGGGUGCCACUGUACAAUUGGAGUAA